UACAUUUUUGCAAUUCUUUAUCUACUUUUGUUAUGAUCGGUGUGCAAUGAAAAGCACCAGUGUUUUAUUGAUUGUGUGCCAUUUGUUUUUACAUAAUGGAGCAGCAGAACUCACAAAAACAUUACAUGGAUGCUCUGAGCCUUCGCAAGGAGUAGAACGCACAGUAAUUAUUAACAGAGAUGAACUCUUCCACUCUCCCCCGGUUGUAAAAAGAUCGACGGAUAGCAACACCAUAGUUUCGAGGAUUAAUCACCUCAAUGACACUCAUGACCAGCUGAUGGUCCACUGGGUAGGCAAUCAAAGCAAAGUCAUCAUUUGUUUAGCACGUAACCCCAAUCCUACCAAGGAUCCAGAACCCUCAACUGUGUACAUUUCAUACGAUGAUGGCGAUACAUACGAAAACAAAACAUCCCUUUUCAAAGUAUCAAACGAAUCAGAUCAGAUGUAUGCCACUUUGGAGAAGUUCUACAUACACCCGACUUACGACACACACCUGGUGUUUACAGAUAUUAAAAACAAUUUACUCUUCGUUACGACAAACCACGGCCAAGACAUUAAAAAAAUCAAGUUGCAUUUUAGUCCUAUCCAAGUUUUGUUCCACGAACUUGAACCAUCAGUGUUCAUUGCUUUAGAUCAACUAUACAGAUUAUGGGUGACCGAAGAUUUUGGAAAUACUUUCAGACAAAUGCAGGACUCGGUCAGGAGUUUUCACUGGGUGAAGGAAAGCGAUUCCCUUCAUAGUCUGGUCGUGCAAAGGAUGGAAACUGAUGGUUAUAACACCAUCUUGUAUUCGAACGAUUUAUUUUUAAAUGGAUCCGGCAUAGUUCGGGCUACAAAUAUCUCAGAUUUUUGUGUUAGAGACGACUACCUUUUCACCACGAAAGUGUCUCCUACAGGGGUUCUAGAACUAUAUCUCUCUUACAAGCUGGGGAAGGAAAAAAAGGGUCUGUUUCACACUAAAGUGGAUAUUAGGAGUUACUUUAUUGUAGACGUCACGAGUAACAGAGCGCUUGUAGUGGUUAGCGAUUCGAAUACCGUUUCACAUUUACAUGUUUCCGAUUAUUUAGACAAUGAAGAUGAUGUGGUCAUGUUUAUGUUUUCGCUGGUGGAUGUGUUGUCCUAUUUUCCGAACAGCACGUUGAACUACACUUGGAUACAUCGCGUUCCUGAAAACGCUUUUGUCGACGUCUACAAGGUCGAAGGUCUCUCCGGAAUUUACAUAGCCUCUCAAGUCGUACCCAACACUGAAUUAUACAACAACAACGUCAGUCUCUGGAAUUUGCGUUCGUACAUUACUUUUGACCAUGGUCAUACAUGGCGUUUGAUCCAGGCUCCAGAACGAGACGUCGACGGUCACCCGAUUCCAUGCUCAGUGAACACCAACUGUUCAUUACACUUAAACCUGGAGUUCAACCAACGGCACUCUGGCAAUAGAUCUACCAGUAUCUUAUCGAGUAAGUCCGUUCCGGGUAUAAUUAUAGCAACCGGUGUUGUGGGGAAGUCCCUGGAUGGACACCACGGAAUCUACGUUAGUAACGAUGCCGGCUUGACAUGGAAACAAGCACUCAACGAUUCGUACUUGUUCAGUAUGGGCGACCAUGGUGGUAUUUUGACAGCUACCGAAUAUUCAAAAUCGAACACGGGGACGAGACACAUUUUGUAUUCGACGGAUGAAGGUGAAAAGUGGCAGCAGGCAAAGUUUCAUAGUGAAAAUAUUAUGUUAUUCGGGUUAGCGACCGAACCGGGGGAGAAUAUGGCAGUGUUUACUGUGUUUGGGUCCAUACCUGAAGACCAUCAGUGGGUCAUUUUUAAACUGGAACUGAGUGACGCGUUCAAGUAUAAUUGCUCCAAGGACGACUAUACAACCUGGCCAUCUAGCAAUCAAAACAACAUCUCAUGCGUUUUGGGACAACAGUUAACCCAGCAACGUCGAAAGCGCCAUGCGAAUUGUUACGGUGGCGAAAAUUUUGACACUUCCAUUUCGAUAGUGCCUUGCAGUUGCGAUUUCCGUGACUACUUGUGUGAUUUUGGUUUUGUCCGUUCCGACGAGGGACACUGUGUCAGGAUUGCAUCCAUCGUAGACGACCUAUACAACGUGCCUAUAACUUGUAAGCUUGGCGAAUUUUACAAUCGUACCAGAGGUUAUAGGAAAAUUCCGGGCGAUGUGUGUAUCGAUGGUGUCGAAAACCGCUACCUACCAGAAGAGGUCCCCUGUUCGACCAGUGACCUGCAGGGUUUCUUGCUUGUCAGUGAAAAAAACAAUAUUAGUAAAUACGAUUUAAUUACGAAAAAGCUGGAGCCGUUGCCCCUGAAGAAACUGGAGAAUGUGAUAACCUUCGAUUUUGACAUGAAAAGUAAUUGUGUUUAUUGGGCCGAUAGUACUUUUAAAACGAUCGAGCGACAGUGUAUAGAUAACGGACAGUCGGAAAUUUUGGUUAAUACCAAUUUGGACUUAAUCGAAGGAAUGGCGCUAGACUGGAUGUCGAACAACUUGUAUUUCGUGGAUGGAAAAAGGUCGACAAUCGAGCUGAUCAGAACGGAUAUUAGUGACAGUGGAAGAAUGAGACGUACGGUUGUAGGACCCACCCAUUUAAGGAAACCAAGAGGUAUCGCUCUUCAUCCCAAAGCUGGAUACAUGUUCUGGACGGACUGGUCCGUCGAAAAUCCUUCAGUUAAUCGUGCUGAUUUGGAUGGCACAAACAUAUGGAAACUCUUUGGAGAAGCACAAGUUAGGUGGCCUAAUGGUAUCACUGUUGACUACGCCGAGGAAAAAAUCUACUGGGUAGACGCCGACAAGGGCUAUAUGGCCAGUAGCGACGUAAACGGUGGCCACUUCAUACGUUUAUUCUUUGAAGUUAACGAUUUCGGUCAUCCAUUCGGUGUAGCUGUCUUCAAAAACAAAAUUUAUUGGACCGAAUUGCGAAACAACGUUAUCUUUAGCGAAGAUAAAGAUUUUCAAAGUGGACACGAGGUCCUCGCGAGACUAUGUAAUGAGUUAGAUCUAAAAGUGUACGCUGAUGGUAUUCGCACUGGUACCAAUUCUUGCACGAACACAUCUUGUUCGCAUAUUUGCGUCGGGAAACCAGACCAAGGAAAAGCGUGUCUUUGCCCAGACGGGAUGGAACUCAAAAAUGAAACGUGUGUUCCCGAAACAACGAAGCCCUUCGUUAAUUUAAUGGAUCCUCAGGAGAGUUGCAGCGACGAUUUCUUCAGGUGCACCGACGGCUAUUGUAUACCAAUUGGAUCGAAAUGUGACGGCAAAAAUGACUGUUACGACGGGUCAGAUGAAAAAAAUUGCUCGAAAAUGUAUACACAGGAGGAGUUCUGCUGUGAUGAUGGCAGGUGUAUUUCGAUGAUGUGGAGGUGUGAUAACUUUUACGACUGCGUCGACAAGUCAGACGAACAGGAUUGCUCACCUUGUGAAAACGAUGAGUUUGACUGCCAAACGAUAUUUGAUACAUGUAUUCCACAGACGAAGAAAUGCGAUGGCAAACAAGAUUGUGUAAAUGGAUUAGACGAAUUGAGUUGUGAAAAUAUGCCGUGUUCGGAGGAAGAGUUUCCAUGUUAUGGACGCGAGCAUGUCCUAGGGUGUAUUAAAAAAGUGCAGGUCUGUGACGGUACUAAGAACUGCAUUGAUGGUAGAGAUGAGGCGAACUGCACGACUACCGCGUCCUCAUCACCCAAGAACAAAACUUGCGAACACGACGGGGUGUUCCAAUGCGCCAACCAAAAAUGUAUUCCUUCCCAGUGGAAGUGCGACGUCGUGGACGACUGCGGCGAUGGUAGCGAUGAAAUAAACUGUCAUAACACUGCAACCACAACAACCACGACCAUGCAACCCACCUCGGUCAUUGAUGCUGACACGUUUUUUUGCAACAGUACCCAAUUUCACUGCAUAUCUGGCUCUAUGGUCUGUAUACCCCUAGAUUUUCGUUGCGACGGCUACGACGAUUGUGAAGAUCAAUCUGAUGAAAUGAGCUGCAUCGACAGAAAUACUUGUCCGGAAGGACAGUAUGCGUGUGAUGAAUUUCAAUGUAUUCCAUCUACGUGGGUGUGCAAUGGUGUUAUAAACUGCCUAGAUGGUAAAGAUGAGAACAACUGUACGACGAACAUGCCCGAACGUGGUAAUGUUACUGUUCCGAUCAUUCAGAAUCUAAUGCCAGUACAGUCGACUUCACCAUCAUCAAGUCAGAUUUACGAGCCAGUGAAUAUAACAGAUUUAAAAUAGACACUGGAAGACCUUUGGAUUUGUCAUUUAUAAAGUCAUAUGUCAGAAAGCAAAAACCAUACCUUCACUCUUUGAUUUUAUUACACUAUAUGUCCAUUUAUACAAGAAUACAUUUUGUAU